AUGAUUGUAAAAGAUUCAGAAUCAAAAUCUAGUUCUAAUACUGGUGUAAUAAUUGGUGCUACGGUUGGCUGCUUGGUUGCUAUUUUGUUGAUUGCACUUAUUGCCGUGUUUUUAUACAGACGUUCUAAGAAUAUUUCUUCAGAUAACUCGAUUGAAAUUUCUGAAGAAACCGAUGUUGGAAAUGCAGAGAAUGAACUAACACGGACAGGAAUGUUUAAUAUGCAAGUUCAACAGCAACCUGACGAAAUUCUAUCUGAUGGUGAACAAGAAGAGAAUGCUUCCUAA